AGCAAAUAAGUCACCACUCACCACUUGACCGUUAUUGGGAAGUGGUUGCCCACUCUUCCCUCUCUUCUUCUUGUUCUCAUUUCAUUUGCUUCAUUUAGAUUUCCUUCUAAUUGUAUUUAAAUCAUCCCUCCUUCCCCCAUCAUUUCAAUUAAACUUACCAAUAUAUAUCUUUGUAUAUAUAGGUUUAGUAGGUCUUGUCCUUGCCCUAUAUUUCUUAUACCACCACCAACAGGUGUGUAGAAAAAAAAAUAAUAAUAAAAAAAUAAAAAUAAAAAUAAAAAUAAAAAUAGUACAUAAAACUGGUUUUAAAAAAUAUAGAUAGGAAUUAAAAGAACCAAAAUAAUGGUAGGAUUUAAGCUUAAUUUGUUAUUUUUAGUUUCUUUUGUUGUGAUGGUUUCCACCAUAGAGGCCAACAUUGGCCAUUUUGAUGAGGUCUGGCAGAAGCGUGCCCAGGAAGCCAAGAAGACCGCUCGCGAGGCCUACCAUCCGAAUCCUGAGGAUGUUAUGAAUCAUUUCAAUGGCAACGUCCACAAAUCUUUGAAUGGUCACAACAGCACAAGAAGGCAUUUACACAAGUAUAAAGGCCCUUGCUUGGCCACAAACCCCAUUGACCGGUGCUGGAGGUGCCGGAAAAACUGGGAUAAAGACCGACAGAGGCUAGCCCGUUGUGUCCUGGGGUUUGGCCGCCACACCAGAGGAGGCAAAGGUGGCAAAAUUUAUGUGGUCACUGACCCGUCUGACAGUGACAUGGUUAACCCUAAACCGGGCACCUUACGCCAUGCAGUCAUUCAGACAGAGCCACUUUGGAUCAUAUUUGCACACAACAUGGUGAUCAGGUUAAGCGAGGAGCUUAUCAUGACCAGCCAUAAGACCAUCGAUGCACGCGGAGCUAACGUGCACAUUGCCAAUGGUGCUGGCAUCAUGAUACAGUAUGUGAAAAAUGUGAUCAUCCAUGGCCUCCACAUUCAUGAUGUUAAGCAGGGCAAUGGUGGCAUUAUCAGGGACUCGCUUGAUCACUACGGCUUUCGCUCACAUAGUGAUGGUGAUGGAGUCUCCAUCUUUGGAUCCACAAAUGUUUGGAUCGAUCAUCUUUCCAUGUCCAAUUGCUAUGACGGACUAAUAGACGCUAUUGGAGGUUCCACUGCCAUUACCAUCUCCAACUGCCACUUUACCCACCAUAACGAGGUUAUGUUGUUUGGUGCAAGUGAUAGCACCUCAGACGAUGCAAUAAUGCAAAUUACAGUUGCUUUCAACCACUUUGGUCAGGGGCUGGUGCAAAGGAUGCCUCGGUGCCGGUGGGGGCUCGUCCAUGCCGUCAACAAUGACUACACCCAUUGGCUCAUGUAUGCCAUUGGAGGCAGCCAACAUCCUACUAUCCUUAGCCAGGGUAACCGCUUCAUUGCUCCCCCCAACCCAGCUGCCAAAGAGGUGACAAAGAGGGACUACGCACCAGAGAGCGUGUGGAAGAAUUGGUUGUGGAGAUCAGAGGGAGAUCUUUUGAUGAACGGAGCAUUUUUCAGGCAAUCCGGAGACCCAAAACUGGCCUUCACCAAGAGCGAUUUGGUUGAUCACGGAGACCUGAAAAAGAGCUUCGACAAGAAGGAUUUGAUCAAACCAAAGCCUGGGUCAUAUGUGAGAAGGCUCACACGCUUUGCUGGUUCUCUUAACUGCAGACCUAAGCAGCCAUGCUAGUUAGUUAAAUUUUUUGUGUAAUGUCUAAAUGGGGACUCAAAUCAAUCCGUGUCGUUAAAAUAGGAACUGGAAGUGAAGGGAAUUAAACAUAAACAAUAUCAUAGGGUAAUUCAAUAUUUACUCUCUUGUAGGAGAGUUGAGGUAGAUAUCGGAGAAAGAAUAUGAGUGAAUAAAAGGGAAGCCUAGCAAUUUUCAGAAAUGAAGCUUUCUUCAGGAUUUGGCCCGAACUCUUCGGCAUAGUCCUACGCCCACUUUUCGAUUUUUUAGUAAAACUUUUGUCAAGUUUUCAUUGAACAUAGUAAUAUAACAUUUUCCUUUCAAAAAGUAUUUCCGAAAUACAUAAAAAACAGUCACUUUAUGCAAAAUAAUUUCAACGUUAAUGUCUUGCUUGAAAAAGAACAAGAAUUACUAGUUCUGCCUUCAAUCUUAUAAUGCCAUGCU